ACCACACAUUUAUGAAACCCAAAAACUAAAUACACAGACAAACUCAUAGGAGGGUUAGCUAGGUACAUACAAAACAAAAACUUUCUCUUUGCAAAGCAACAAACAGCUAGCAUAUCAAAGAGUCUAACUGAUCAGUUGAUUCAAGAGCCUGCCAGAGAGUUAUUAUAAAUCUCUUAAUACGUGAGUUUGAUCAAUUCUUACGAAUAAAAAAAAAAAAGCUAACUAGCUGGGUAACUUCUUGAAGGAGCCAUGCAACGUUUGCCAGCAACCUUGUGCCGGAAAAUCGCUCGGCCGGCCUGCGAUGUCUUCAUAAACCACCGUGGAAUCGACACGAAGAGGAACAUCGCGGAGCUGUUGUACGACCGUCUGAGGAGGAUGAAAGUGAGGUCUUUUCUGGACAGCAUGAACAUGAAACCUGGGGAUAGGUUGUUCGAUCAUAUAGACAAGGCCAUUCUCGGGUGCAAAGUGGGUGUGGCGGUGUUUUCGCCACGCUAUUGUGACUCGUAUUUUUGUCUCCAUGAACUCGCUUUGCUCAUGGAGUCAAAGAAGAGGGUUGUCCCCAUCUUCUACGACGUGAAGCCCUCGCAGCUCGUGGUCAAGGACAACGGAACUUGCCCUUCUAAAGAGCUUCAGAGGUUCAGUUUGGCACUCGAGGAAGCUAAAUACACUGUCGGAUUAACCUUUGAUUCUUUGAAAGGGGACUGGUCAGAGCUGCUAAGGGAUGCUUCGGAUGCAGUGAUCAUGAACUUGCUGGAGGUAGAGGAAGAGCAUAGGCGCAUGAAGAGGAAACUUAACUGUGAAUACUGA